GAUUGGGAGUGGGGUGGUGAUCAGGAAAGGCUUCUUAUUUGACUAUAGACCUGAAUGACCAGAGACUGAUCUGGGGGAAUAAAUUCUGAACAGAGAGAAAAGCAAGUUCAAAGGCUCUGAGAUUAGAAUAAAGCCAACUUGUUUAAGAAACAAGUGUAGCUGGAGCUACCAGUAAUAAGAGGUGAGUUUUGAGGGGCAGAUUCUGAUUUAAUUUUGUGUGCUGUUUCAGUGAUUUUAGGCAGAGAACACUAAAUUUACUUUACAUUUUAAGAAGCUCCCUCUGACCACUGCAGGGAGAAAUGACUGGAGGCAGGUAAGGAAGUUGAGACCGGAUAGGUGAAAAGAGAUCAUGGACUGGAGUGGUGGCCUGCAGAUGCAGAGAAAUGGAUGCAUUUAAGAUGGAUUUGGAAGCAACAGGAGUAGCUGAUGAAUUGGACUGGGGGAGUGAGGGACACAAUGGACUCAGAAUUCCCAGGUGGUUGUCCAACAGGCAAAGGCAUGAGCUGGGCCCAAGCCAUCCUGCUGGCCCGGGGCCUCUCUCGAGGCUGGGGGGGCAUCUGCAGCACUGCCCUCACAGGAGCCCCCUUCUCUCAGGUACCGCCCCAGGCCCCACGGGGCCUCCGCUGCAGUGCAGCCGCCCACAACCCUGACUCAUCGCUGGUCCCACGCCCACCCGAGCCCCCCAGGCGGCCCGUCAAGGCCCUGGCAGUCCACGAGGAGCUGUUCAGGCCCGCGCUGGACGGGGCACGCGACAAGGCGAACUUCGUGCGGGCGGUGCAGAACUUCACCGAAUACAACGUGCACAAGCGCGGCCACGUGGACUUCAUCUACCUGGCCCUGCGCAAGAUGCGCGAGUACGGCGUCGAACGGGACCUGUCUGUCUACAACCUGCUCCUUGACAUCUUCCCCAAGGAGGUCUUCCGGCCUCGCAACAUCUUCCACAGCAUCUUCCUCCACUACCCACGGCAGCAGGAGUGCGGGAUUGCAGUCCUGGAGCAGAUGGAGAACCACGGGGUGAUGCCCAACAAGGAGACGGAGUUCCUGCUCUUGCAGAUAUUCGGCCGCAAAAGCUACCCCAUGCUCAAGCUGGUGCGCAUGAAGCUGUGGUUCACCCGCUUCAAGAAUAUCAACCCUUUCCCCGUGCCCCGGGACCUGCCCCAGGACCCUGUGGACCUGGCCAGUUUGGCCCUGCGGCACAUGGAACCUGACCUCAGUGCCAGGGUCACCACCUACCAGAUGCCCUUGCCGAAAGACUCUCCCGACGCAAUGGAUCCUACAGAGACCCACAUCGUAGGGAUCCAGAGUCCUGAGCAGCAGAGUGCCCUGGCCCGCCAUGACCCAGCCCGCCCAAUCUUCGUUGAGGGUCCCUUCUCCCUGUGGCUUCGAGACAAAUGUGUCUAUUACCACAUCCUCAGAGCUGACUUGCUGCCUCCCGAGGAGCGGGAAGUGGAGGAGAUUCCAGAGGAGUGGAACCUCUACUAUCCGAUGCAGCUAGACCUGGCCUACGGGAGGAGCAGCUGGGAUGACUACGAGUUUAACAUUGAUGAAGUAGAGGAAGGGCCUGUCUUUGCCAUAUGUGUGGCGGGUGCCCAUGACCAGGCCACGCUGGCCAAGUGGAUCCAGGGCCUUCAGGAGACCAACCCAGCCCUGGCCCGGAUCCCGGUGGUCUUCCGCCUGUCAGGGUCCUCCGGGGAGCUCCUGCCAUCCUCCUCAGAGCUGGAGGAGCCACCCCCACCCCCACCUGAGGGCCAGGAAGAAGAAGAAGACAGUCAGCAGCGACAACAGCAGGGCCAGAGCUGACCCUGGGCGGUCAUGAGAGCAUAGUCCGCGGACUGGUGUGGAGGCAUGACAUCACCUAUGCGUGUAGAGCAAAUAAAAGUCUUCCUGCUUGGGGCUGCCUUGCCUCCUCUCUGGCA